GAGCUCUGAUACCCUCCAGUCGAGAGCUGUGAUUGUGAUCAGCUUCAGGUCCACUGUGUCCUGAGUUACCGAGGAGACUGCUUCCACUUUUUAUUUAUUUGAAGUGUUAUUUGACUUUUGUUUGAAGAAUCAUGGCCCAGCUGGUGGAGUGUGUGCCAAAUUUUUCCAACGGGCAGGACAAAAUGGUCAUUGAUGCCAUUGCUGAUGCCAUUUCACAAACCAAGGGCUGCUCGCUGUUGGAUGUGGACCCUGGCCAGUCCACGAAUCGGACAGUGUACACAUUCGUCGGCUCUCCAGAGGCUGUAGUGAACGGAGCGCUGAAUGCUGCUGAGGUGGCCUAUCAGCUCAUUGACAUGGCAACACACCGAGGUGAACAUCCCAGGCUGGGAGCUCUGGAUGUGUGUCCCUUCAUCCCAGUGCGUAACGUCCGGAUGGAGGAAUGUGUCCAGUGUGCAACUGAGUUUGGGAAACGGCUUGUGAAGAAGCUGGAGGUACCUGUCUAUUUAUACGGAGAAGCAGCGCGAAACCAGCGUCGCAGAGCACUGCCCAGCAUUCGAGCUGGUGAAUACGAAGGGCUACAGGGAAAGUUACAGGAUCCUGAAUGGGCUCCCGAUUUUGGUACAGCAACCUUUGUUCCACGCUGGGGAGCCACUGUAACAGGAGCGCGGAAUUUCCUCAUUGCAUACAACAUCAACCUCUUGAGCACAAAGGAGCAAGCUCACCGCCUCGCACUCAAUAUCCGCGAGCAGGGCCGAGGGAAGGGCCAGCCAGGACGUCUGAGCAAAGUGCAAGCUAUUGGCUGGCACUUGGAAGAGGCCAAUAUUGCCCAGGUGUCCACUAACCUGCUCGACUUCGAAGUGACUGCACUGCACACGGUAUUUGAAGAAGUCCGCAAGGAUGCUGAGGAUCUGAACUUGCCUGUGGUGGGCUCUCAGCUUGUAGGCCUCGUCCCACUGAAAGCCAUGAUGGACGCUGCAGAGUUUUACAUGAAGAAGGAAAACUUGUUUAUUCUGGAGGAGAAGCACAAGAUUCGACUGGUCAUAAGCCGUCUGGGGCUGGAUUCUCUUACUCCUUUCAAUGCUAAGGAAAGAAUAAUUGAAUACAUGGUGCCAGAUGAGAAGGAGGAGGGCAGGCUGGUUUCUCUGCCUCUGCAGGAAUUUAUCCGGAGCGUUGGAGCACGGACUGCGGCCCCUGGGGGGGGUUCCGUCGCUGCUGCUGUGGCCUCCAUGGGCGCAGCACUGGGCUCCAUGGUCGGACUAAUGACCUACGGGAAGCGGCAGUUUGAAAAUCUGGAUGGAACAAUGAGAAGACUGAUAGCUCCAUUCCAUCACGUCAUGAGCGAGCUUAUCUCUAUGGUGGAUGAUGACUCCAAUGCAUUCAACAGCUACAUGGCUGCCCUCAAAAUGUCCAAAUCAACAUCAGAGGAACAAGAAAGGCGCCAAGAAGCAAUGCAGAAAGGCUUGAAGGAGGCCGUCCUGGUGCCACUGACGUUGGCAGAGAGAGUGACCAGCCUCUGGCCACACCUGCAAGAGAUGGCAAGGUUCGGAAACAUCGGCUGCAAAUCUGAUCUGCAGGUUGCUGCCAAAGCCCUGGAGUUGGGAGUAUAUGGGGCCUUUUACAACAUCAUGACAAACCUCAAGGACAUCAAAGAGGAAGAACUCAAUGCCAAGACUCGGCAGAGAGCCUAUGACCUCCUGGAACAGGCAAAGAGGAACACAGUGCAAGUUUUGGAGCUGAUCGAUAAACGGAAAGAGACGGGAAAAGAGUAAGAAGACCAGACUGCAGCUGCUGAGACUCUUCGAGACACCUGCAGUGAAUUCACUGAAGCUUUCUUCAGUAGCUGCCCUACUGAACUGCAUAUGUCCCCAAAUUAAGUGUCUGUGUGCAUCAGCAGAGGUGAAUAAAGAAUAAUAUUACUCACA